AUGUCUGUGCCUGCUGCUCUUGACUCCAAGUUUUCGAGACUCCGGCUAGAUAAGUCUACCAGUCAGGACCAAAAACCAUACCAUCUGGUACCGUACGAAUGGAUAUACAGUGUACAAAUUAAGGAUUGGCCUUGGGAGAAAGAAACGCUUUCAUGUGAACUUUCGAUCAUGGACUGGGUUACACAAAUGACUGGUGUUUACUACAAGCUUCGCUCGGUCACAUACAAAGGCAAAACUGCACAAAUUGUCACGUUCAUUGUUGAUGAGGAACGUCGCCUGGAUGACAACAAGUUCACGCGGGAGCAAAUGGAAGCGGUCCGAGAACAGUUUGGGAUCAACCGCCCGUUCCGGUGGUUUGAGUUAUAUGGUAGACAUGGGCCCGAAGAUGACGAGGAUGGAGAUAGCAGUGGCGACGAGGAGUAUCCACCUGUUGAACUGCCCCGUCGACAAGCAGACGAUGAGGAUAUGGGAGGUGCAGAAUCGGAUGACGAAAGCGAUUCGGAAUUGGGGUCUGAAGAGGAUUAG